AAAAUAUUUGAAUAAGCAUUAUAAAUAAACCCAAAGAGGUGUUAGAUUUAUAUACUUAAUUGUAGCUACUAAAUAGAGAAUCAGAGAGAAUAGUUUUAUAUCUUGCACGAAACUGCAUGCUUUUUGAGACAUGGCAAUCUUCCGAAGUACACUAGUUUUACUGCUGAUCCUCUUCUGCCUCACCACUUUUGAGCUUCAUGUUCAUGCUGCUGAAGAUUCACAAGUCGGUGAAGGCGUAGUGAAAAUUGAUUGCGGUGGGAGAUGCAAAGGUAGAUGCAGCAAAUCGUCGAGGCCAAAUCUGUGUUUGAGAGCAUGCAACAGCUGUUGUUACCGCUGCAACUGUGUGCCACCAGGCACCGCCGGGAACCACCACCUUUGUCCUUGCUACGCCUCCAUUACCACUCGUGGUGGCCGUCUCAAGUGCCCUUAAACAUAUACACAUACAGAUGUGUGUAUAUGUCUUCCGCGAGCACACACGUACGUUUAUGUUUUAAGGACAAUAGUAUGUAUGAGCAGCUAUAAACAAACCAGAAGUUAAUGGUUCAUGUUGAACUAGUAUAAGUUGUAUGAACUGUGCUUCUUUUGAACAACCACUUUUGCUGUAAGUUUAGCAACCCUAUUUAAUAAAUUAGAGAUUACA